AUGGGCUUUCGCGGAAUGAGGGUUAAAGUGAAAUUCACACGGACGCACAUCUCCUGGAAGCCAGUCAAUCCAGUGGGAGGAUGCUGCGUGGACCGACGCUCCUUGGUAAAAGCAGUUGCGCUGGACGAAAUCCUGUCGGCCAUGCUGCCCAAGCCGGACUGCUGCCCCCGACUGGGCUGCACGGCUCGCGAGCACAGCUUUGUGAUCCACACCUUCUCCCGCAAGGGGCCUAGGUGCCCGAACACAUGGCGUCUGGAGGAAUACGUGUUGUCCACCAACACGCCCGAGGUGGCGAAGGAGUGGGUCAACGCCAUCAAGCAGCGAGUGCGAGACAUACGUGACAGGCGGGUGGCUGGGCGUAGUGCUCGCCUGGCCCGAAUAACAUGGGAGCGUUACGCUCUACCAGUGUUCCAGCGAGCCGGUAUCGUCGUGAGCGUCUUGGAAACCACCAAUCAGGAUCACGCGCGGGAUACGCUCGAGCUGAUGAAGUCUGAGGAGCUGGCGGGAUACCAGGGGUUAGUGGCGGUGGGGGGAGACGGCUUGUUCCAGGAAGUGGUGAGUGGGCUGCUGGCGCGAAGGGCCCGGGGCGACACAGCCGCAUUUAAAAUUCGAGUGGGCCACGUUCCCGCGGGGAGCACCGACGCAGUGGCAUGCACGCUGCACGGCUCUCGUUGCGCCACCACUGCCGCCCUGCACAUCGCCCUGGGUGACCGGCUCUCGCUGGACACGGGGCGGGUGGAGGCGGCGGACGGCUCCAAGCGCCAUUUCGUGUGCCAGGCGGGUUACGGCUUUAUGGGCGAUGUGAUGCGCUUCAGCGAGCGGCUGCGAUUCUUGGGGCCCAGCAGGUACGAUUUCACGGGAGCACUGCAAUAUAUGCGCUUGGCCAGCUACCGAGUGAAGUUGUCGUACCGCGAAGCGCCUUCCACCACCGCCGACGUGCAGCAACUUUGUACGGCGCAGUGCGAGGUUUGUCGUAUGGCAGGGAUUCGCAUGCAGGCCGCUGUGCCUUUCCACCGAGCAGGCGCUGCCGCCGCCAGCCCCGGACCAUUCGGCGGUCCCGGACCCGGCGGCGGCGGCGGCAGUAGCGUCAGCAUCAAGGUCGGCGGCGUCAGCCCGCGCGCUGCCAGCGGCGCCAACGGCGCCGGCCAAGGCCUUUUCCGUUCCUCUCCCACGCCGGCCGCGGCCGCGGCGGCGGCCGCUUCCUUCGCCACCAACACGGCAGACUCGGCACCGCCGUCGGGGUCGCUCGGGCCUGUCGGCACGCCCGGCGGCGGGCCGACCGGAGGGAUUUCCGUGUGGGAGAGCUACGGGGGAGCCCACGACGGCGACUGCUCUGCCGCUGGCGUUGGCGGCAGCGGCACGUUUUUCCGUGUUUCCAACUCGGCGGCUUUGGGACAGGCGCUGCCGCCGGCGGCGUCCGCGGGUUCCCUUGUGGGGGAGCGACCAAGCCUGAGUCAAGUGCCGCAGUCGUCCGCUCCACAUAGCUUGGACGUCUCCGCCGCCGACGGCGGAGGCGGCGGUGCGGACGGAGGCAUUUCGGAAAGCAACACGCCGGGCAAGCUUGCCACUGCCGUCAGUGCCUUCACCACGACGGCAGCCGCGGCGGCAGCGGCAGCAGCGGCUGCCUGCGGUGGCGGCGGCGCUGCCGUGGCCGCCGCGCCCGCCGGCGGUGAUCCUUGCAAACAAAAGGACGGGGACGGUUGGACUUGUGCGGAUGGGGAGUAUGUGUCCAUCAUGUGCGUCGUAACUCCCUGUCGGAGCGACAAGAGCAAACGAGGUAUCAUUCCCAACGGCCAUCUGUCCGACGGGCGGAUGUACCUGGUGCUCGUGUCCAAGUGCUCCCAUUUUGACUUUUUGCGCUUCCUGGUGCGGCUGUCUACGCGAGGCCUGGUGGACCGCUGCCUGCCCUUCGUGCGGGUCGUACCCGUCACAGCACUCAAGCUCACUCCACUGCAGGGAGGUCACCGACUGGGCGGCUGCCUGGCGGACCCGGACGCGGGGGAGAGCGCCUGGAACGUGGAUGGUGAGCUGCUGGCCAACAACGACGUGACCAUUAACGUGGCGCGCGGCGCGUUGGAGGUGUUUGCGCGCGGCGUGGAGACGGCAGCAGGCGGCUGA